AUGUUAGAGGAAAAGCAGCUCGUAGGCUUGGGUCUGUUGGAGGAAGACGAGGACUUCAAGGAGUUCCCUGUGGAAGACUGGGCUGGCUUAGAUGCAGACGAAGAUGCAGCACGUGUCUGGGAGGAUAAUUGGGAUGAUGACGGUGUAGAGGAUGACAUCUCUAAUCAGUUACAAGCUGAGCUAGAGAAACGUGAUUAUAAGGUGGAGACCUCGUAG